CAUGAACAUUGACCCUUAAUAAUGCAGCUGGAUAAUUUCUGACUCUCACAUGAAUCUGAAACGUUGCUGCUCAGUGAUAGGUCAUUUACCCUGCACUGGACCAACAGGAAUUAAGAUCUGACUGACACAAGUGAUACUUGGAUCUGGACACGGUCUGAAAACAGAAUUAUUGAGAGCUUUAACACAUUAAGUAGAUUUAAGGUACAUUAUACUGUUGAAAAUGGAUGGUGAACUUGCUGGUGCAGAAAAUCAGCUUCUUCAUGUGAACAUUUACAUUGAUGAGAGAGAACCUCGCAAGGGAAUCUUGGAGCUUCUGAGCAGCCUUCGUCCUCAGUGGAACGCACCGGACAUUCAGCUGAAGAUGUUUACUGAAGGCAUCACUAACCAGCUGAUUGGCUGCUACGUGGGCUCUCUCCAGGAGGCUGGCUGUGUUUUAGUGAGGCUCUACGGCAAAAUGACAGAACUCUACGUGAACCGCGAUCGGGAAGUGGAGAUGUUCCAGGUUUUCCAUACUCAUGGCUGUGGUCCGGAGAUCUUCUGCAGCUUCCAGAAUGGCAUAUGCUAUGAGUUUAUGAGAGGAAAAGUGCUGGAUGAUGAGUUGCUACGGCAACCAUCCAUCUACAGAUUGAUUGCAGCUGAGAUGGGAAAAAUCCACUCCAUCCAGUCAAGGCGAGGCCAGCCAGAGAAACCUCUGCUCUGGACAAAAAUGUCCCACUUCCUCUCUCUGAUGCAGCGCAGUGUCCACACCUGCUCAGCUGAGCAGUGGUGCACCAACAGACCCGCAGCUCUACGAGAGACACCCAGCUUGGAGACUUUGUUGAGGGAAAUGGAGACUCUGAAGAGACACCUCUCAGGCAUAAACUCACCGGCUGUUCUCUGCCACAAUGAUCUACUCACAAAAAACAUCAUCUACAACCAAAAAGAAGGAACCGUGAAAUUCAUCGACUACGAGUAUGCAGAUUACAACUACCAGGCUUUUGAUAUUGGCAAUCACUUCAACGAAUUUGCUGGUGUGACAGACGUGGACUACAGCCAGUAUCCGAGCCAUGAGCUGCAGAGGGAUUGGCUGACAGCUUAUCUGGAGAGUUACAAACACAACACGGGACGAGAGGUCACAGUGUCAGAGGCUGAAGUUACACAGCUCUACGUUGAAGUCUGCAAAUUUUCACUGGCAUCAAACUUCUUCUGGGGUCUUUGGGCCAUCCUGCAGUCCCGGUUCUCCUCCAUUGACUUUGACUUCCACAGGUAUGCUAUAGCAAGACUAAACUACUACUUUGAGAAGAAAGAGGAAUAUUUUGGGCUGACAGUGAGCCAGCUAACCUGCUCUACUCUAGAGGAAAACAUCUGAAUAAUGGACUCCAUCGCUUUUUCAUCACAUCAUGAUGCUACAUAAACUGGAAAUGGAAUAAGCCAGUAAAAGUCCUCGCCCUUGUUUGUUGUUUCAGUCUGUAGGGAGAGUUAAUGUGUUUUGCUAUAUCUGUGAAUUAUAAAAAUAUUUGUUUGACCACAGUCACUACGCCGAUAACCCAUUUUGGCAAAUUCAGACAAAGUCCUUGCCAGAAAAACAUUAAUUGCUCCCACAGCCAAGUUGCAUAAAACCACAGAAAACUGAGGCUGAUCAUAAAAUCCAACCAAGUGUAUACCACAAUUCUGAUGGAAAACAAGUUUCCACUGCAACUUAUUUAAAGUUGAGUAUUAUUUGAAAAAAAAAAUCUCUUUUUUCAGAGCAAGUUAUAAAACCCUCAUUAUUGCAAAGGUUUGUAUUUUAGUGAAAUAGAAAAUUCAAGCUUGUAUAAAUAGUGUGUAUAUAAAGCAUACUUUUUUGUGUUACUAUUA